AUGGUGCGAACGUGUGCGUCCCCCAAGGCGACGGGUGGCUUCGCUGGUCCGGGAUCCCUCAUCGACGGAGGAGUGAUGGGUGGGUUCGGCGUUACCGAAGUGGACAUACAACCAUGGGGCGAGAUCGAGCUCACCGACGCGAACCUCGGAUCCGUCUACGUGUCCGGCAAGUUCGUCCGUCACGACAGUGCGGCACUGCCCUUCUCGUCGGCCGUCUUCUUCUACAUCGAGAACGCAGACCAGCCGGACGACUUUGCACGCGGCAGCUUCAAAAUACGAGGCGCAUCCGGAGAUUUGUCGAUGCUCGUGACGGACGUCCCUCCUGGAAACAGCAGGCUAUUCCUCAGCUUUGUCAUCGAGGAUCCCGCGGAGGCGCUGAACGUCGCGGCGGAGGUGGUGCCGGCAACGUCAAUAUUCUCGCUUGACAUCUCCAACAUGGGAUGCGUCCCGUCUUUGACCAUCACUCACGAGUGGAUUGGUGGCAAUUUUGCUCCCUAUGAGAUCACUGAACCCGACCUAAACACCAUCAACUCCGACCAUGGGGACGUUUCCGGGGGCGUCGGAGUCUUCCAGGACAAUUGGGCAGGAAGCUCACCCGCGGCAAAAAGGUACAUUCUCUACAGCGGGCUUGACGUCGACACCAGCCAGGUGCUGGGCGAGUACAAAGGGCGCAUGUUUUUACCAUUUGUAACUUCCGAAACCCCGCCGACUUGGCGUUCUACCGCCCGCGUUUCCGGGGAGAUCGUCUACAUGUACAAGGAGGAACAGGUCCAGUCCGAUACCGUAGAGUUCACCGUGCUUCUUACUGACUACGAUCCCAGUUGUGGCGUACCUCCGUGA